GUUUUCUUCUGGUACUGUCCAACUCACAAAUUCAUCUAGAAAAGAUUUUGGUGAUUUUGAUAUUAAAACAGUCAUUCAAGAAAUCAAGAGAGGAAAAAGAAUGAAAUGUACAUUAUGCAGUCAAAUAGGCGCAACGAUUGGGUGUGAAAUAAAGGCUUGCAUCAAGACUUACCAUUACCACUGUGCUGUUGAAGAUCGAGCCAAAUUCAUUGAGAAUCUUGACCGAGGGAUCUACAGGCUGUACUGUAAAAACCACAGUGGGAACGAUGACCGAGAUGAGGAGGAUGAAGAAAGAGAAAGCAUCUCACGCUAUGGCAAAGAGCAAGAAGCUGACCGUAAUCGUGAGAAAAACUAACUGAGCCUUGGAUACAGAAAAGUGCCAAGAAAAUGCCUGUGGACUGAGUAGAUGAGGCUGGUACAUUGUGCUCAAGACGAUAAAGGACUUGUGAGAAGCAUAGAAAAUAUCCAAAGAUCUUUCAAGAAAUCUCUUUAUUCUGUCAAUGUUCCUCCUCCUAAGGAAGAGAAACAGUGUAAUGAAAUAGCACGGCUAAUAUACCUGCUUUUUUUGAUGGGGAGAUUCCAUAAAAUGGAUUAGUUAGAAUAUCUUUUAUUACAGCCUUCUGAAUUAAAAUGGAAAUAAUUUGAUUUGCUGAAUUUGUGAUUAGAUGGCACAAGCUGACCUGCUACAUCUUUGCAUAAUGAGGGCCUUGAGGAGGAGCAACACCUUAACCCACUCGAGCAUGUGCCUUCGGGUGUUUCUGGACUUCAACAUCAAACAAGAGGAGCUCAAAAAUAAACGCUGAAAUUAAAACCUCCACUCCAAUAUCUAACAUAAGGUAUUUUCACCACAUCUUGAUUAGCAAACAGUGGGGUAGUCCUAAACAAUAUGUAUGGAUGGUUUCAACCCAGUUUUCAAUAGAUGAAUCUACAUAAUGGUGUAGUCCUGUUCUCAGCCCUAAUGCUGAAUUAUGCUCAUAAUGGCCAGACAUCUGGCUGGGAAUGGAUUUGUACCCCAAUUUGCACUGCACCAUCUGAGAACACCUGAUAAAAGUCUAGGAUGCAAUGAGAUGCAUCAGUUCACAGGUGGUGGUGUCCCUCUUUGAACAGCAUACAACUGGCAUUUUUUAAAAUUCAAAGCAUAAUGAAACUUUUUCAGGAAUGUAGGACCGAAACUGCACUCUGUGCAAAUGCUAAUCCCUAACUUGGUCAGCUAAUCACGGCCUCGUCAAACAUACUGGUAUAAAUGGCAUUAUUAAUGAAAUCAUGGUUUAGUUUCGAUGUUGAAGUCUGUGUUAAAUGUUAUAAUGGAAAUGAGUGGUUUUGACUAUUGCUAGGUUCACAUCACAAAGUACAUUAUUUCCAUCUUAAUUUUCUUCCUGUGAUUGUAGUUUCCCUUAUCAAAGUUAGGGCUUCGGAAUAAAAGUUUUAGGAUUAGAUUGUUACUGAUUAGUAAACAAUGUUGUUUAUAGUCUGGUACCUUUUUCAUAUGUCACCUCUCGAUGUAUAAAGUAGCUGCCAGGAAGAAAUAUUAAAUUUAGGUGUGAGAGAGAUGUCACUGUGUCAGCAGUGGAUAUGCUGUCCUCUCUUGCUUUAAAUCAGUUUUCUUUUGGAUCUGGGUGGCUAAACAUUUUAGAAGUGAGUAUCUUCAGUUAAUUUGAUGCCAAAAUGUAUCUGAUUGUUGAAUGCCCUUCAUUUUUUAUGUACUCAACAGCUUGUCAAGUUGGAUGUUUUUAUGUUGGUUUUACCACACAUUCUCCGUCUAAGUCAUUGUUUCCUCUGAAUUGCUUUACUUUUCCAUAGCAUACCAUAACUAAUAUCAGCAGCACGUCAUCCAUGGUUUAUUGUGGUCUUAACUUUAACCAAAAUAGCACAGAAAACUUUGUUUUCCAAAACAAUUCUACACUGUCCAAAAAUCGUUAAUUGCCUUUUUCUUUUUAGCAAUUGCACUAUAGAAGAGACAAGCUCAGUGUCAUGUACAAUGCAGCAAGACAACAAAUGGAUUAAGUGAACAUACUGGCUUUAGCAGUUUCAAGAAAAAUAUCCAUUCAUAAGCAUUGGAUUUUAAGAUAUGCCUCUCAAAGAAAAACUGCUGCUUGUUAGAAUAGAUUUUGCUGUGACACAUUUCAAAUAGUGGGUUCCAAGUUAUGUGCAAGACUAUACAACAGGUCAGAAUUAAAGACCUAUGAAAUUAAUAGCUGCCUGGUAGUAAAUAUCAAAUGUUGGUAAAAGAGACAGAGCUUGUUUCAUCUCAACACAUCAAGAUAGAUCACAAAUGCAAAUUUGACCAGAAACAGCAGUUUAUACCACUUGAGAAAAGGGUGCUAUCUAUGAGUAGUCUCCUGCUUAGUAUAACUUUUAGCUUACUUAAUGCUCCCUGAACUCUGUGAACAAGAAAGCAAUAUGUCCAGGCAUUGUGCCUUUUACAAUAAAAACAUGGAAGAUAACUGUUUCCUGGUGAAUUCUCCAUUACAACACGUUGACUAAUCAGAGUCCACUUCCCAACAAAUUGUGCCACUUUUCUCAAGCUAUGUAAGUUGUUCACUCUGAAGCUAAUUGUUCUUGCAUCCCUCCUGAUGAUGCAAGAUGAAAAGCUUUAACAACUUUUUUUUUGUCAGUUUUUGAGAGUACUGAGUCACUGAUGACUUUUAAAAUCAGUUCUUAGGCAUUCCUUUGCUUUCCUCAUUCCUGUUGAAGCCCCAGUACUGAUGCAGAUCAGCUUUUUCAUGUAUCCUGUUUGUGCUAAUUCCAGAGUGCCUCAUGCCCCAGCAAGCCUCCAGCCAUAUCCUUGGACCAGUUGAAAAGCAAACUAUGUUUAUUCUCCUAAUUCCAGUCAAUUCUUGUCUGUUUUCUUUACGAUGAAUAUCCUUUAUUGUCCUUUGUACUAUAAUGCUAAAGUAUAGGAGUACAGUGAAAAGUUUUAACAAUGGCUGCCUUUCAAUGGUGCCAUCUUGGAUACAAAUAAUAAAAAAAAGUGGUCUUCCACAAAGAGGAUACAUCAGAUCAUCUAGCAGCUGAUUGCAGUUGUUUCAACCUUUGUUUGACUAGGGGCACACAGGCUGAAGGGGCUGAGUGGCCUCCUGUUCCUAUGUUUGAGGGGCAUUUAUAAUAUCAAUUUACAAAUAAAAUAACCAGCACCAAACGGAAGUAGAGUUGCAAUGGUGGGGACAGAAACUGCAUUCCUUAACUUUCCUUAGUCCCAGAAAAUGCAAAUAUAUAGUAUGUUAAUGAGUUAGAUUAAAGUUCCAGCUCCAAGACCAAAACUCAGUUACCCUGGAAAUAUUCCAAAGCUAUGUUUGUGUUGCUACUUACUCCUGUUACUCGUAUAAAAAUCUAUCUUUAAUUGCAGUAAUUGUUUACAGGCUGUUUCAUGGGUCAGCUAUAAAGUGUUGUACUGUCUGUUAACAAGGCCUGUGGUAGGAAAGUGCAGAGGAAGACUCUAGUGGUUCAGCAAGUUGCUCCGUGAAGACCGAGCCAAGCAAUGCUCAGUUAUAUACUUGGUUUGAAAGUUAGCAUUAGGAUCAAAAGAUUUUACCAAAGCUGGGGUCAUUGUAUGAAUGCAAGAGUUAGUUGCGGUUGCUGAGUUAAGGAAGGUGACCCUCACUGGGUUUGCAAAUGUGGACAUUUAGUACAAACAGGAUCGUAGCCAGUGGCACCUGCAAUUGCAGUUGAAUGACCUUUGACAACAUGGUGGAAUGUGAUAAGAAAAAAUAAGGAACCAACACCUUUAGAUGGAAAAAGGCAGGAAAUUAGUGUGAU